GACCUAAGCUAGAUCAGAUAUAUAGCAUACAUACAUGUAAGCCUUCUUCUUCUUCUUCUUGUUCUGUUUUAUAAUUUGAAUCAAUUGGAUCGAUCGGUAUGAUCGAUUGAUCGGUUUCCCUUCCUUGUUCAAUCCAGAUCAUGGCGGUUAUGGAGAAUGGCGGAAUCGAUAGCGUCUCAUCAAAUCAGUCAGAUUCAAACAAAGAUAAGAUUUCAAAGUCAGACGACGACGAUGAUGAUGAUAUAUUGAGCGAAGAAUUAGAAGAUAAUCAACAAAAGAAGAAGCAGGACAAUGGAUGUCUGACAGUAGUCGAUGAUGAUUUUAGGAAAGAGUUGAGAGAAUUAGAAGAAAUGUUGUCUAAACUGAAUCCAAUGGCAGCUGAAUUUGUGCCACCGUCGCUAACAAAUCAUCAUUAUCAAUAUCUUCAGACUGGUGCACAAUAUCAUCCAUCUUUUCUGAUACGAACUAAUUAUAAUCCUAUGAUUUUCAAUACAAAUACUACUGUCAAACGGAAGAAGAAUGGGAAAAGGAUGAUGAACAGCCGAACCAGUAAUGCUCAAGAAGAAGAAGUUAUAAAGAGGACAGUGUAUGUUUCAGAUAUUGAUCAUCAGGUUACUGAAGAACAGCUUGCAAUGCUCUUUCUUACAUGUGGACAGGUGGUAGACUGCCGUAUAUGUGGUGACCCAAAUUCUGUUCUACGUUUUGCGUUUGUUGAAUUCACUGAUGAAGAAGGUGCAAGGAAUGCUUUGAAUAUGGGUGGAACCAUGCUUGGAUAUUACCCAGUUAGAAUUCUGCCUUCUAAAACUGCAAUUGCACCGGUUAAUCCAACCUUCUUGCCUCAAUGUGAAGAUGAAAGAGAGAUGUGUGCAAGGACUAUAUACUGUACUAACAUUGAUAAGAAGAUUACUCAGACAGAUGUUAAAAUGUUCUUCGAGUCUGUUUGUGGUGAGGUUCAAAGGUUGAGGCUACUUGGUGACUACCAGCAUUCAACCCGCAUCGCUUUUGUGGAAUUUGUCAUGGCUGAAAGUGCGAUUGCAGCACUGAAUUGUAGUGGGGGGAUUUUGGGUUCAUUUCCUAUAAGGGUGAGCCCUUCAAAGACUCCUGUCCGACAGCGUGCAACUCGGAUAUCUUCCUCAUCAUCAUCAAUCCACUGACUGAUCCAAGAAGCCGUACACUCUGUUUUGGUUUUUUUUUUUUUUUUUCUGAACUAUAUAUAUUAUAUGUAAACUAGACAUAUAUAUAACCUUGUAUGAGUUCAUACUUUAUCAUCAUUUAAUUUUGCAAGUUUAAUUC